CACAAUACAUAAAGGCAAAAUAUGGGUUGGAAUUCUCCCAUUUCAAAUUUCGUGGCCUGAGAGUGAUUCUAGAAAUGUCAUUUUUGUCAUUGCACUCAGCUCAUAUUUAUAUAUUAAAAAUGUUAUCAUUGGAGUUCGAACCUUGCUCACUUGAGCAAAAGUUAACGGAGACUAACGGUCAGUGACCAAACUUGAACCGUUAACCUAAUUUAAGUGACUACGGGUGGAAUAAAGUAAUUCUAGUGGCUAACGUGAACUUUACUAGUAAUUCAAGUGACCAAACUUGCAAUUUAUCAGGUUAAUCAAAAUAUUCCAAAGAGAUGAUAGUUUCAUUUUUCCAGCCGAGAAUUUGGCCUCCCCUCGUACUCUGUACAAUUUUUAUUCUCAAUCUUCCUCACUAAAUACAGUCAGCAGAAGUUAAGGAUUUCGAACAGGUAUACGGUGACGGACGAUCCAGCUGAGUUCCAUAUCCAUUUGGGUUCUCUUCGGAGUGCUCGAUUAAAUUCGGUUUGUACCUAUUCAUUUUCGUACAAAUUCAAUGUAUAUAGAAAAACAACAAUAUUUUUUGAAGCGUAAUAUAGAUGAGCUCCUCUCCUAUCCACCACAUCUAAUUAAACUGACUUGUAAUAUGUUUUUGGUCGUCGGUUUAUUUCUUAAGAAUGGAGAAGUAUUUUAAUCGAUGAUGAAUUGCUUAAAAAAAGACAACAUGAUCCCAAGUCUACUACAGAAAAACAAUUGUAAUAAAAGUCUACCAAAAUAAUAAUAAAAGACUACAUUUUAUUAUUUAUUGGGGAAAGUCAUUCUUUUCCCCCCUUCUUUUAAUUAGGUGAAAGGAUAUUUUCUAAAAGAAAAUAUGGAUGAAGAAGCUGAGACAUAUCUUCUUUAUAUUAGAGUCAAUCCUUAAGCCCUAACUCAUCCUUUCUAAAUUCGAAGAAAUGCCACUCUCCAAUUAAUCAACAGAUGCACUAUUAUAUGCUAGUUAAAUUUUAAUUAAGGCAAUUAGUUAGCGGUAUCCACCCACACAUCAAGAUUCAAGACAUUAUUACGUAUAACAUGAUCGCCACCAUUCAAAUUCCGCAAUUCCAUCCCAACUCCCCUUUCUAGUUAGCAAAUUAGCAUUACAUUCCGCAAUUUCAUCUCGACCAGAAAAACAAUUAGGAUAGCAUGGUUCUCUUUGAUUUCAAAUCCGACAAGCACUUCGUUGCUUCCUCGGACAAGACGACCCUUAAAGUCUACGAGUUGACCAACCCUACUGCUGUUAAUCCUUCCUCCAUCGGAAAGAAUCACUGGAAGGAAGCCGCCACCAUCACAGCCAGUGAUCAAGAUCAAAGCAAUGACGAGGAACAAGACAAUGGUGACGAUCCAUCAGCAGAGGAGGAGGAGGAGGAAUCUUAUUACGACGGGAUGAUGUUCUUCGAUGGUCACGGGAAGAUCGAGGGACGGGAGGCGUUGACCAAGCUAGCCCAACACCUCACCCGGCUGCAAUUGAGGGUCAGCCCUCAAGGGUUUUGUUUCCAGGAUGUUACCGGGUUAGGCGAGCACAAAGAGUUUGGGUUUCACUACCUCCGACUGAAUGAUCUUUUCAACUGGCCGUAUCACGGUAUCAGAAUGCCAGGAAUUGCCACGUGGCGGCGCCUGGUGUUGGAGUACUCCGUACCGAAAGGGGAGAAGAAGCGGCCGAUGGCCGGAGGAGCCGUGAGCAAGAAGAAGUACGAGGAGUUGAAAAAAAUGGUCGAAGAAAGGGAUGAAAAGAUACUGAAGCUGAGGGAGGGGAUGGAAGAACAAGAUUGGGAGUUGGAAAAGCUAAAAGAAGAGAAGGGGAAACACGAGCAGGAGCUACGAGACUUGGAAAAGAAAAACAGCAAGGAGUUGUUGAAGCUGUCGAAGAAAAAAGACGGCGAGCUAGAAACGCUCAAGAGGGAGAAGGACGAGGAGCUGGAGGAUAAAAUCGAGGAGUUAGAGACGUUGAGGAGAGAAAAGGAGGACGAAGCAAAGUCGAGCAAAGGGAAGAACGAGGAGCUGAAAAAAUUGAGGGAGGAAGUGAGGAAUCUGAAAAGAGCCAAGAACAACGAAGAUGGUGGUGCAGCAACAGCAUCAUCAGAAGGGAAGAUAAUGGUGGACAGCGAUGAAUGGCACAAGUUGAAGAACGACGAGGCGGAGACGAGACAAGAGGUAGCGAACAAGGAUGAAGCGUUGCGAAAGGUUAUGAACGAGAAGGAUGCGGAAUCCCAACAGCUUAGGAUCGAGAAGGAAGAAAUGAUGAAAGCGAGUGCAGCGGAAACAGAGAAGCUAAGAAACCAACUGUCACAACUCCCUCGGAAGCAAUCGUGGUUACAGACAUCUGCAACUAAGUUGGUGUCCCUAACUACGUACAAUGACCAAAUAAUAAGCACAAGACGGGCAGUGCCACAGGAUACUUGGAGCUUGUCCAGCGAACUCAUAUCGGUUAUGAGUAGUUUCCAGUACCAUUCACUUUGGAACAAUUACGCCUUGCCAUUCUCGUUUGCAAAUGGGCUGUCUUUGGUGGAUGAAGAUCCGGAAGACUGGCUGCCUCCCCCCAAGAUUCGGGUGUACAAUGCCAGAGCCGCAUUCGACAAAGCCAACUGGUGGUUUGUAAAGACAACCCACCCGGAUGGAGGCUUGACGAUGAUGGCUUAUUACGACGGCAGUUUCCAUAUUUCUAAUCUUUCCAGGAUGUCCUGCUCUAUCCGGAUCCCCUAUUCAUGGGACAAUAGUCCAUUUUGGGCAGAUACAGCUUGCACCCUGAUUAUGGUGAGCGGCGAGUGGAAGCUUGCUUUCAUGUACCGCUGAGUAGCUGGCCUGCUAGGACCAAGGCAAGGCACGGCCGGCUGAUCGUUUCCAAUUUGUUUUCGCUUCUUUAUUUGGUUCUGCAGCGUAACAAUUGUUAAUUUGGAUUUUGUCUAUUGGCGGUGAAUUGUGAUUUCUUUAUUAACUAGCGUGGGUCCCGGCCAGUUGGCCGGAGGAAGGAGGCGGUACUUAACAAUUGCGUCUAGAGGCUGGUUUUCUUAUAGUAUAAUUUCACGCUACUCCAGUAGGCGGUACUUAACGAUACAAAACGGUUAGAACCACAAUGAAACCACAAUUUCAGUAUAAAAUAUCCGACAUGUGCUACAACAUGAUGAGGUGAAAUGCAAGGAACAAGGGUAAAGACAAGAAAUUAGAAAAGUUGUAAGAAAUUGUUUUUAGUUGUUGAAUAAUGUAAAAAAUAAAAUAAAAUCCUUACUAUAUUCAGAAUAGACAAACAGGUGGUGCAGGUAUCUCAAUAUAUGUCCCGUAGUAGGUGCGGGUGGAGAUGGAUAAUACUCGAGCGGGUAUGGGGUGGGGCGGGUCGACUCACUCUUUCAUGUAUUUGAGAAAAAUUUACGUGAAAUUUUACUUUUUACGAUAAAAUGAAGAAAAAAAAAACACUUUAUGAAUGAAAACAAUGAUAAUAGUAUGAGUAAAUGAGUCUAACUAGUUGAAAGAUCAAGUCUAUCUAAUUGAAGAAAAGUAAAAAUACGAGAAAUAUGAAUAGAUAUUAUGAGAAAUUGAGAUACAAUGGGUCUAGAACAGGGCGGGACGGGACAUGAUAGGUCGGAAAGUAGAUACUCAUGCCACACCUCAUACUACUGCAAGUCAAGUAAGACGAUCAAAUUUGAUAAAUACCCAAGGGACGGAUUCAAAUUGUCAUUUGGAAUUUUGGUGCAUAAAGAAAUCCUAGUGUGGUGUGCUAAAGAAAUCUCGAUGAUUGUGGUAGUAGUUUCCUCAUCAUUCAUGGUUGUUGAUAAUUAGACAACGACUUCUCAACAUUUGGAAAUUUGGUGCAUAUACGCAACUGUUUAACUUCUUUAAUGACAAAUGACAGAUUUUCCUGGACCCUAAAUUUAAAUGAUGAGCUCAACUUGAGAGAUAAUGUAGAGUUUGGUUUAGUAAAUUUUCAGAAUGUCUUCAAUACUUCUAUUGUAUGGACGCAUAUCUGUUCAUUGUUUUCUAAUAGUCAUAAUGUAUCAUUAUCAUAGUUGUUAAUGACAUUAGACUUAAAGUAUUAAAUUGAUUUUUUAAUGGGUACAAUAUCCGUUGAUUUCUAUAAUUUAAAUACCACUUGUCCAACCAAGUGACACAAUCAAGCACGUCAAAGUAUUUUUUAUAUAUAUUUUUUUACCUCUGAUCUAAUGAUCCCUUCAAGAAGUCAAUAUUGAAUAUUGCACUCACCAUUUGCUUUAGUAAAAAGAAUUUUAAUUAAAAUCGAAUUACAACAUGAUACCCAUCCACAGGAUAAAACUUGACGUCCAUCUCACUUUAACAAAUGAAGUAGUACAUAUAAUGACACACUCAGAGAUGAGAUGAAAUAGAAUGGAGAAAUGGGUAGACCUCAUUUUAUAAGCAAAUAGAUUCCGCUGGAUAAUUUUUUUUUUCCAUAGAUAAGGAUAAAAUAAAUACUCAGAGAACAACACACAAUCAAAUGUGACAGUCGAUAAAUAGUCGAACUGUCGAAUACAAUGAUUUUUUGUGCCACUUUACCUGUAUAAUGUUUGCCGAAAGCAAACAAAAAGUAACUGGUAGCUAAGAAGCCAGCAAAACCGAUUCCGCUGGAUAAUGUUAAUGUUUCGAUUGGUUAAUAAAGUCUGAAGCAGGUUUGAAGAUAUAAAAAAAUAAAACUUAACCUCUAAUAUGUAUUGUAGUGUGUUCUUUGGGUUGUUGGCUUAUUUUAGAAGGGGAAAGUAUUUAAUCAUGAAUUGUUUUAAAAAAAUACCAAAUUGGUA